AGCAUUUUCUAAUUUUGUUUCUCGUUUUAGCGGUUUUACACAUCUUUCUCUGUCCAGGUGCCUCCGCACCGUCGUUCCCUGAGGAGGCCUCUCUGCCGAUCUCUUUCUCAAAUUGUUAGCAAAAAUAAUUUUCUUUCUUACCCCUCAUCUUGGAUCUCUUGUUUCUCUUACUGCUUUGGCCAUGGCUUCCGAGGGUUUCAGCGACAAAAAUGCUAUUUUUCGGAAGCUUCGUGCAAAAGCCGAGAACAAAAUGUGUUUUGAUUGCAAUGCGAAAAACCCAACGUGGGCGUCCGUGACUUAUGGGAUCUUCCUGUGCAUCGAUUGCUCAGCUACUCAUAGGAGACUCGGAGUUCACAUCAGCUUUGUGAGAUCAACGAAUUUAGAUUCAUGGACCCCUGAGCAAUUGAAAACGAUGUACUUCGGUGGAAACAACCGUGCUCAUGUUUUUUUCAAGCAACAUGGAUGGGCGGCUGAUGGAGGCAAGAUUGAGGCCAAGUAUACCUCCAGGGCUGCUGAACUGUAUAAACAACUGCUCUCGAAGGAAGUUUCUAAAAGCAUGGCUGAUGAUGCGUCCUUCCCAUCCUCACCUGUUGCUUCUCCGAAAUCUCCUACUACUAAUGGAUUUUCUGAUUUUAAGACAAAUGAAGGAGGCAAUAAAGGAAGUGCUCUUGUUAAGAAUGAAACUCCGGAGGUUUCUGUCUCGCCUAAAGCUUCUCAUUCAGUUGUUUCUACAUCUUUCAAGAAACGUAUGGUUGCAAAGAGAACUGGGAAGACAGGUGGUUUGGGUGCUAGAAAGCUCACUAUGAAGACAAGUGAAAGUCUCUAUGAUCAAAAACCCGAAGAGCCACAAGUUCAGGCAUCCUCUGUCUCUGCAAGUAACACCCCUCUAGCUGGUUCGUCAUAUACUUCCCGAUUUGAGUACACCGACAAUUUGCAGCCUGCCGAGAUGAAUUCUGGAGGCCCUCGUGUUCUAAACCACAUUGCACCUCCAAAGGCGUCCAAUUUUUUUGCAGAGUAUGGGAUGGACAGUGGGUUCUCUAAGAAAACUACAUCGAAAUCCUCUAAAGUGCAGGUUGAGGAAACUGACGAAGCAAGGAAGAAGUUUUCUAAUGCAAAAUCUAUCUCUUCAGCACAAUUUUAUGGGGAUCAACAGAAAGCUGAUGCUGAAGCUUCGGCUUCCCUGCAGAAGUUCUCAGGUUCAAGCUCAAUCUCCAGUGCCGACCUCUUUGGUCAUGAUGAUGAUAGAUUGCCCAUCGACAUCACUGCAAGUGACCUCAUAAACCGUCUCUCUUUCCAGGCACAACAGGAUAUCUCCUCCCUUAAGAAUAUUGCUGGAGAAACUGGAAAGAAGCUUAGUUCCCUGGCUUCCAACUUGAUCUCAGAUCUCCAGGAUAGAAUUCUCUAAUUUUUCCAAAAAAAAAAAGAAAAGAAAAAACAUUUGCAUCAAAACAGAAGUGAUCGUCAACAUAUUUGACAAUGUUCUAUAUAGAAGGUGUAAGAAAGAAAGCGCGGUUGGAAUUCUUUUAUAUAUAUAUGUAUACUGUUAAGAGAUAAAUAAGAUUUGUUACUUUGAGACAAGAUUAAUUGCUUGUUUGUGUUUUGUAAUGUGAAAUGUGGAGUAUUUAUGGUGUUCGGUCUUCUAUUAA